UAGAGUGGGCUGAGUAAGCUUCGGACUGCACUGGUGCAUGGGAGCUCAGCGAAAUGAUGGUAGCUUUUAAAAUGAAGGAAGACAGCGAUGCACUAUGAGCUGUUUGGCCAUGCUAUCUGCCAGAACGACAGCGCUCAGCAUGUAGAGGAACUUUAAGUUCAUUUCAAUCCAACGGGUCUUUCUGUGCGAUGCGAUGGCGUAACUUUCAACCGGGAGAGGCUAUGAAUGGAUAUCACAAUGUACUACUACUCAUCUAACGGACCACAGUUCGACUUCAAGAAGACGCGUUUCAUAUUAUCUCGAGAAAUUGCGACCUUGUUUCAUCCAAUUCCUGCGCUAUAAUGAAGGCGGAGUACUUAUCCAUGUUGCAUGAACCAAAACGGUUUUGGUCGGCUCUUUUAAGCCGGGGCUUCAAGAUGAGGAAACCUAGAGUCAACCGGAUGGUCCUGGCUAUGUGCUUGGGAUCCUUCGUUAUUGUCAUCUUCUAUUUUCAAAGUAAUCUGAAGCCAGCGCAGGGAGGAGAUCUUGGUCGAGGGCUGGGCAAGUCCAGGAGGAGCCCACUACAGACACUUUAUGACACAGACCCGAUGGAGCUGUCCCCGCUGCAGAUAAUGCACCAGGGCCGGCGCGAGCUCCUCGAGGAGGCCUGCCGCUCGUACACCCGCAAGCGCCGCGUGCUGAUCCCCGAGGACCUGAAGCACGUGAUCGUGGACGAUCAGCACAGCCUGCUGUACUGCUACGUGCCCAAGGUGGCCUGCACCAACUGGAAGCGCGUGCUGAUGGUGCUGACGGGCGGCGCCGGUCCCGGCCGCCACGAGCCCCUGCAGAUCCCCGCCCACGAGGCGCACGUGCCCGGGAACCUGCGCACGCUCUCCGAGUACUCCACGGCCGAGAUCAACCAGCGCCUGCGCUCCUACCUCAAGUUCGCGUUCGUGCGCGAGCCCUUCGAGCGGCUGGUGUCGGCCUACCGCAACAAGUUCACACGCAGCUACAACACGGCCUUCCACAAGCGCUACGGCACCAAGAUCGUGCGCCGGCAGCGACCCGACGCCCUGCCGGAGGCGCUGGAGCGCGGUGAUGAUGUCUCGUUCGGCGAGUUUGUGCGCUACUUGGUGGACCCGGCCACGCAGCGCGAGGAGCCCUUCAACGAGCACUGGGAGCGGGUGCACUCGCUGUGCCACCCGUGCCUCAUCCACUACGACGUGGUGGGCAAGUACGAGACCCUGGAGGAGGACGCCGACUACGUGCUGAAGCUGGCGGGCGCGGAGGCCGAGGUGCGCUUCCCGGCCUCGGGCAAGAGCACGCGCACCACCGGCGAGCUGGCCGCCUCCUACUUCAAGGACAUCAGCCCCGUGUACCAGCGCAAGCUCUACAACCUGUACCGCAUGGACUUCCUGCUCUUCAACUAUUCCAUGCCUGGGUACCUCAGGGUCAGAUGAGACA